UCCUCGGUCCAGCGGUGUCCUCACCGUCUUCUCUCCCUGGUGCCGGCAUCUUUAGUGUCUGCAGUCUCUGGUCAUCUCCUGUACUGUGUCCGCAGUCUCUGGUCAUCUCCUGUACUGUGUCCGCAGUCUCUGGUCAUCUCCUGUACUGUGUCCGCAGUCUCUGGUCAUCCCCUGUACUAUGUCCGCAGUCUCUGGUCAUCUCCUGUACUAUGUCUGCAGUCUCUGGUCAUCUCCUGUACUGUGUCCGCAGUCUCUGGUCAUCCCCUGUACUGUGUCUGCAGUCUCUGGUCAUCUCCUGUACUGUGUCUGCAGUCUCUGGUCAUCUCCUGUACUGUGUCCGCAGUCUCUGGUCAUCCCCUGUACUAUGUCCGCAGUCUCUGGUCAUCUCCUGUACUAUGUCUGCAGUCUCUGGUCAUCUCCUGUACUGUGUCCGCAGUCUCUGGUCAUCCCCUGUACUGUGUCCGCAGUCUCUGGUCAUCCCCUGUACUGUGUCCGCAGUCUUUGGGCAUCUCCUGUACUAUGUCUGCAGUCUCUGGUCAUCUCCUGUACUAUGUCUGCGGUCUCUGGUCAUCUCCUGUACUAUGUCCGCAGUCUCUGGUCAUCAUCUCC